AUGGCCCCCGCCGCGAACGGAUUCGUCCCCGGCACAGUCCGGCUGGUUGAUGUAAACGAGCGAGGUCAAGGGGAUAUCGUGCUGGUUCCUAGGCCGAGUACCGACCCCGAGGAUCCUCUUAAUUGGAAUAGAAAGCGCAAGAUGUUGGCCCUGUCUAUGGUGUACCUAUAUAAUCUAGCUGUGGGUAUCCCGACUUCCCUGCAGUACUCAGUUCUCUCAGAUAUUACACGCGAUACAGGCAUCGACACGGCUACUCUAGUACAAGGCAAUGGCCUUAUGAUUCUAUUCUUUGGAUGGGGGCCUGCCUUAAUCUGGCAGCCACUGGCCCUGACUUAUGGCCGCCGUGGUGUGUAUCUCCUGUCAACCCUCCUGGUUGUGCCUCUCGCCAUGUGGACCGCGUAUGCGAGUACUGUUGGCGAAUGGUAUGCCCACCGUGUACUUAUUGGUAUUAUUGCAUCGCCCUUCGAGGCAUUGCCUGAAGUCACUAUCUUUGAUCUCUUUUUUGCUCACGAGCGUGGAGCGUUUACAAGUGUCUAUACUUUUGUACUGUUUGGUUCCACUUUUAUCGCCCCCCUGGUUGCUGGAUGGUUCAAUGAUGCGUACGGCUGGCGCUGGACAAUGCAGUUUGGAGCUAUUCUCGCCGCAUUCUGCUUCGUCGUGUUGUUCCUUUUCCUCGAGGAAACCAUCUACUUCCGCGACUCCGUCGAAGGCGAUAGCAGCAGCGGCAGCGAGCCCAAGUUGACGAUCUCACAAUCAUGCGACAGAGACGAAGAAAGAGGAUCCCAUUCCUCCCCAACGACCUCGGGUCUGAAAAGUCCUCAAAGCACGGAGGCAAGCCCAGCUGCUGCUUCCGGUGGUAGGGUAUCCCCAGUACCAUCAUCCCCCAAGCCCGAGCCCAUCCCAGACGUCACUCCUGAAGACAAACCCAAGGGCUUCUUCCGCCUCGCCAAAAGCUUCAAACUCUUCACCGCGCUCCCCAGCCGCCCCAGCAACAUGGACAUGCUCCGCAUGAUCUACUACCCAGUGGUCUUUAUCUUCCAAUUCCCCACCGUCGCCUGGUCCGGAUUCCUCUAUGGAAUCAAUCUGGCCUGGUAUAACGUGCUUAAUGGCACUACCAGCCCGGUGCUCAGCGCUCCCCCAUACAAUUGGUCUGCCGCGCUUAUCGGCUGUGUAUACACAGGCCCUAUUAUAGGCGCUGCCCUCGCAGCUGCCUGGUGCGGGCCCGGUGCCGACCGCUUCGCCCUCGCUCUCGCCCGGCGUAAUGGUGGGAUCCGCGAGCCUGAACACCGUCUCUGGCCACUCCUUGUCUCUGGAGUGAUCUCCGCAGCCGGUUUGAUUCUAUGGGGGGUAGGCGCACACCACCAUAUUCACUGGAUGGGCCUUGUGGUCGGGCUGGCGCUGAUGACCUUUGCAACCGUGACAGGAGGGGCGAUCGCGGUGUCAUAUAAUGUCGACUGUCUGAAGGAGAUCGGCGGCGAGUCCACGGUGUCGGUAAUGAUGAUGCGCAAUACAAUUGGCUUCGGCUUCAGUUAUGCAAUCACGCCCUGGUAUACAAACAUGGGCUUGCAGAAUUGCUUCAUCACCGCUGGAAUUGUCUCGCUGGUCUGCACGUUGACUUUCCUUGUCAUGAUCAAGUAUGGCAAGACUCUGCGGAGAAUGUCCACUGAGAGAUAUCUGCGGUAUAUCUCGAGGGUUCCGGCACAUAUGUCUUAA